AUGUUUUAUCCGAUUGGCAACACAAAGGCCACAUCUAUAUUCCAUGCCAGUCCCGAGGACUUGUUUGAGGCCCUGUUCCUGGGCUGUGGGGACGUUAGAAACGUUCUUGCGACAGCAGCUGAGGCAGCAUCAUCACGCACUUUGACCCACUUGACAGUGCACAUCAACGACACAACAAGGCAGAUCAUUGCUCGUGCAGCCCUGCUGCUGGUCGUGGCAGAUGACAUCUAUCUGGGUCCGGCUUCAAAUGAUGAGCUGCACUUCCUGUGGGCUGUCUGGUACUGCUUGGACCUCUCGCCAGCACAGAACACUCGCUUGAACCGCUACCUGGAACGGCUUCUAGCCAGAGACUACGGUCCAAGGCUGGACAUGAGCUUCGGGUCUGGAGAGGAGGCGGUGCGAGGGGUGUGGCAGGGGUGGAUCCGCCUGGCGGCAGGUGGGGCACGGUCUCCAGAGGCGAUCCGGCGCGAGCGCCAAAACUGGAUCGUCAGGCAUGUUGCCGGAAAGCCCAAUUUGGGAGUGUCCGACUUUGCUGGAUCAGUCGAGAGCCUGGCUACCUCAACGCUGGUUCACCUGAAGCCCUUCAUGACUUCUGAACGGCUGCAUAUGUCGGAACACCAACGGGAGCUGAAGGCAGCUCUUACCCACGGCUCUGUGCACCUGGGCGUAAGAAGGGAGGAUCACAGGGGGCAUGUGGUUAACGCAACGCUGCUCCACCCUGAGACAGGGGCCUGGGAGGUCCAUUACCACGCCUCCCCCUACCCCUCUUUCUUCCCCCUGGGCCAAGGGGAAGAUAUCAGUACGAACCGGGCUGACUACCACCUGCUUGCAUGGGUAUGCAUGCGCAAUUUUGCGCAGAUCAUAGGAGGCUUCCAGGCAUGCACGAAGAAAGUGAAGGUCAGUGUUCGGCUGUGGCUGAUGGAUGCCGUCGUCUGCUGUGAUUCUGGCCUGCCGGAGGACCAGCUCUUUGAUGCUGUGGACACCUCAAACCUGGCAGACAAUGUGGAGCUCCUGAACCUGCUGCUCAUGGCUGGCCCUCGCCUGAAAAGGACUCCACUGUCAAGGCUGUACGCACAGACAAUGAUCUGGGUAGGUUCCCUGCGGUCCUACCUGGACAACUGCCUGGGGUUGCCUCCUGAGAUGAUGCCAGCAAUUCUGGGCCUGCGCCUACUGACAGACUUGACCCUCGGCCAUGCCCCCUACCAGCUGCAUCCAUACCUGGAUGGGGAGACUUGCGGGGUGCGGGAGGCGCUGAAGGCGCUGGCGAGCCGGUGCUGCCGGCCAGCCACAUCGGACGCCAAUCUCCACGUCAGCAAUGUGCUCAUUGCUUUGACUCCCCUGAGCCUUGCGCUCGCUAUCGUCUCAGCAGCCGCCCGUGUCGCUGGCAUUAUUGACCCGGCGGUGGACUGGCGGGCAAAUGCGGACGCGCUGUUUCGGCUGCUGUCGGUGCCGGCAUGCAUGCGCAUGGAGUGGGACGCAUGGAUGUGCUGGCUGCUGCAUGACAAGGUGGCACCCGCGCCAAAACAGGCGCAAGGCCAGGGCCCCGAUGUGUAUGUCUACCGAUGCAAGAUGCAUAUGAUGGCUAUGUACACAGGAGCAUUGGGUGCGCCCAUGCUGAGAGUGGUGCUGAUGGAUGGCGAAAAUGUCAUGCAAGCCAUUCUUUCCGGCCACGCCAGCGUGGGCAGGACCUUCUUGGGCGACCAGAACCAGCAGCUCAACAGCGUCUGCUUCGACACGAAAACCCACGAGGUGGCCUUCCUGCUGCAAGGGCCCACGCCCCCCAACCAGAUGACCUUCAUGCUCAUCAACAUGUGCCAGCAGCUUCCGCUCAGCGCCGUCAGGCCUAGGUCGCGCAAGAGGGGGCUGCUGAUGUGCACGCUAACCAAGGGGCGUUCCCUGUGGCCGGGUGACUCAUCCUUCCUGCCCAAACUGUCGCCCCACGGUCUCCCGGAAGUUCCCUCCCAGCAGGAGCUGUCAUGCGCGAUGGCCUUCAUGUUCGAUGACAUGGACAGCGCCAUAAAGAAAGUGGACGCGCUCAGUGAGAGGGGGGUCCCACUGGAGAAGGUCCCCCCCCUGGACCCCACAGAGGCCUCCCUACAUGAAGUCCGGGAGACCAUUCAGAUCAUGUUUGUGAUGGCCUACAAGAAGCAAGCGCAAAACCAUGUGCUGGAGAUCCCUGGGGACACCAGCAACAACAAGAUCCAGGUCCUCGUGCACAAGAAGGUCCGCAUGCUGCCGGACGGCAGGCCUCUGCUGCAGAUCUCAUAUGUGGAUGAGUUGGAGGUGCUGAACAGCAAGCCUGACAUGAGCAGCCUGCAGCGCUCCCUGGAAAGGUUUCAGCGCGCAACCAAGAGAUUUGUGGCACCAGGCACGUCGGGACAGAACCAUGUGAAAUGCGAGAAAUCUGAACUCACCAUUUUCAGGGAUAUGCUGCUGCGCAAUUCUGCCCGCACGAUACCGAGCAAGGCACAGUCAGAGGUGCUGGGACUACCAAAGUCGGAGUGGCGCGCCUCCUUCCUGGUGCCCCUGUACUUUCAGCGCCAUGACACCAAGGGAGGCAACAUAAUCGAGGCGAAUCCGCUGAAGCCCUCCCUGGCAGCAGCCAUGAAAAGCAUGAACUUUGGCCCUGGGGGACUGGGAGAUUUCCCCGACCUGUUCAGCAAUCCUCCAGGCAGGAGCCCUGGCGCCGGUUCAAAUGGCGCUCCCAAGGCUGACAAAGAGCCACCGCCCAGAAAGAAGCCACAGCCUGAAAAAAAAUCAGAGCCUGAGAAGAAGCCACAGCCAAAAGAGGACAGGGAGAUCUGCAGCCGGAACAGCUCUAGCCAUUGGAAGGGGGAGUUUCAGAGCAGGGCAGAGAGCACACCUGUCACCUUGGAGUUGCUCGAAGAGACCAAGCGCUUGGCCAAUGAUUGCUUCAAAGCAGGCAGCCACAGUCUGGCUGGCGGCCAUUAUCGCUUUGCCUUGCUCAUGCUGGAGCAGCUGGGCAAGCCCGCGGAGAUGCCUGCAGCGCACAGGGAGCUGUGGAAGAGCCUGCACCUGAACAUGGCAGCCAUCAACCUCAAGCACUCCGAGAAGUGCUUCGACGCCGUCAGAGGCCCUCCAAGUGUCACGCGUGGCGGGCUGGAUGACACAGGCUUCUUGGAGGAAGCAGUGGUGCACUGCAAUGAGGCGCUGGCAAUCGAGCCCACAAGUGCCAAGGCCCUGUACCGCCAAGCGCAGGCGAUGGUGCGGCUAGGGCUGGAUGCCAUAGCAGAGGAGAGGCUGGAGAAGGCGAUGAGUCAGCAGAGGGGGGAUCCAGCCAUGCAUGCUCUCAUGAAGGGCAUCCGCAAGCGCCUCGCUGUCAGCAAAUUUGAGCGUAUCUGA